AUGGCUACUCAAAUUGUGAACAACGACAAACUUCAUGUUGUUAUGUUCCCAUUUCUUGCAUUUGGUCACAUUAGCCCUUUUGUUCAGUUAUCCAACAAGUUGUUCUCUCAUGGUGUUCGUAUCACUUUCUUGUCAGCUGAGUCCAACGUUUCCAGAAUUAGAUCCACCCUUAAUCUCAAUCCAGCCAUAAAUGUUAUCCCACUACACUUCGCAAAUGGCAUAAGCAGCACUGCUGAUUUGCCUCCUCACUUGGCUGGAAAUCUCAUACAUGUCCUUGACCUUACUCAGCCUCAGAUAAAGUCUCUUCUGUUGGAACUCAAACCCCACUAUGUUUUCUUUGACUUUGCACAACACUGGCUCCCGAAAGUAGCUUCUGAAAUUGGCGUCAAAUCGGUUCAUUUCUCAGUCUACUCUGCCAUUUCUGAUUCUUACAUUACCGUGCCGUCCAGAUUUGCCGAUGUUGAGGGAAGAAACAUCACCUUUGAGGAUCUUAAGAACCCCCCACCUGGGUAUCCUCAAAACUCCGAUGUUUCCCUCAAGGCCUUCGAGGCCACGGACUUCAUGUUCCUCUUUACAAGAUUUGGUGAAAACCUCACUGGUUAUGAGCGAGUUUUACAGAGCCUUGGUGAGUGCUCAUUCCUAGUGUUUAAAACGUGCAAGGAAAUAGAAGGACCUUACUUAGAGUACAUAGAAAAACAAUUUGGAAAACCAGUUUUGCUAUCUGGUCCACUAGUCCCCGAGCCAUCUACGGAUGUGCUAGAGGAAAGGUGGUCCAAUUGGUUAGACACUUUCCCUGCCAAAUCUGUCAUAUUAUGCUCCUUUGGUAGUGAGACGUUUCUGAAUGAUGAUCAAAUCAAAGAACUAGCCAGUGGGUUAGAACUCACCGGCUUACCUUUUAUAUUGGUUCUAAACUUCCCAUCCAACCUCUCUGUCCAAGCUGAGUUGAAGAGAACACUACCAAAAGGGUUUUUGGAGAGAGUGAAGGAUAGAGGAAUGGUGCACGCUGGUUGGUUUCAGCAGCAACUUGUUCUGAAACACUCUAGUGUGGGCUGCUAUGUAUGUCAUGCAGGGUUUAGUUCUGUGAUAGAAGCUAUGGUCAAUGACUGUCAACUUGUGCUGUUGCCUUUCAAGGGUGACCAGUUUUUCAACUCUAAACUCAUAGCGAAGGAUUUGGAGGCAGGUGUAGAGGUGAAUAGGAGGGAAGAAGAUGGUUACUUUCACAAAGAGGAUGUAUUGAAGGCAUUAAAAACUUUAAUGGUGGAGGAUGACAAAGAGCCAGGGAAACGCAUAAGAGAAAACCACAUGAAAUGGGGCAAGUUUUUAUCUGAUAAGGAAAUUCAGAACAAAUUCAUCACAGAUCUGGUUGCCCAGUUGAAGUCCAUGGCUUAG